AUGACUAUUAUUUCUGUUCGAAAAGCGUUCGAUAUGACGAAUUCCAUCCAUCAGCAAAUUCGUCUAAUGGCAUCGGCAAAUCGCAUUCUUACAUUGGAAAAUUUGAAUCCUAACGUAAUUGCUAUGGAAUAUGCUGUUCGUGGUCCAUUGGGAGUUAAAAAAUCAUUUGGUAAUGUUAUCAAAGCAAAUAUUGGUGAUGCUCAUGCGAUGGGUCAAAAACCGAUUAGUUUUAUUCGACAGGUUUUAGCAUGCGUAAAUGAUCCGUCAUUAAUUAAUUCUGUAAAAUAUCUAUCAGAUGUUAAGCAGCGUGCAGAAUUGCUGCUCAGUGGUUGCAGCGGAAGUAGCGUUGGUUCUUACAGUCAUAGUAGUGGCAUUGAAAUUAUCAGAAAACAUGUAGCAGAAUACAUUACUCGUCGAGAUGGUGGUAUUCCAUCGGAUCCUCAACAUAUACUUUUAUCCUCGGGAGCUUCGGAGAGUAUACGUAAUAUUUUGAAAUUAUUCACUAACACGGAUAGCAGAAAGAAAAAAAAGGGUGUAAUGAUACCCAUUCCACAAUAUCCUCUCUAUUCUGCAUCGAUCGUCGAAUUUGGUCUUGGAUUGGUAGGCUAUUAUUUGGAUGAAAGUAAUAAUUGGGCAUUGAACAUUAACGAACUCGAGAAAGCCUACAAGGAAUCUUUGAGUGAAUUCGAUACUCGAGUGCUUUGUGUCAUUAAUCCUGGUAAUCCAACAGGGCAAGUAUUAUCCAGGGAUAAUGUUGAAGAAAUUAUUAAAUUUGCCUACAAAAAUAAAUUAUUUCUAAUGGCUGAUGAAGUUUAUCAAGAUAAUAUCUAUGAAAAUGAUCUCAAAUUUCAUAGUUUUAAAUCAGUGAUGAAAUCAAUGGGUGAACCGUAUUCACGAAUGGAAUUAUGCUCAUUUCAUUCAUGUUCGAAAGGAUAUAUGGGUGAAUGUGGUUUGAGAGGUGGAUAUGUUGAAUUGGUCAACAUCGAUCAGGAAGUCUUCGGUCAUUUGCAAAAAAUGACUUCUGCAAAGCUUUGUUCGACUGUACUUGGACAG